AUGUCCGAAAUCAACGUCACUGCAGUCCUCACCCCCAAGCCGGAGAAGUUUGAAGAGGUGGCCACCCUUGUAUCUGAAGUCAUCAAACAGGUCCAAGAACACGAGCCCGGUACAUUGCUCUACUAUGCAUUCCAGAUCAAGGACAAGAAUGAGAUUGUGAUCGUUGAGAGGUACAAGGACCAGUCUGCGGUCCAGGCCCAUGUCAAGGCGCCUUAUUUCCAAAUCUUCGCGGGCAAAUUGCCUACUUUGUUAUCGAAGCCAUCGGAGCUGAGGGCCGGGGGAUUCUUGGGUGGUUCAAGGGGUGUGUCGCGACUGUAG